GAAAGAGAAGUAAUGCGUACAAAUUAAUGAACUAAAUGCGUGUGAAACAAUAUGCAUUGAAACCAAUGCUCAAAUGCAUUCAAUAUUGUGUCGAAUUGUGAAGCGAUAGGAGAAAAUGAAAAACAACCACUAAUUGCAAGUGUCCCACUAACAGAAAUCCCACAUUAAUUAUUUAGUUCGCAAACGCACACAAAUACACACACACACACAUACACACAAAUAAUAUACACACAUACGCGAUGAUAACGCCGACGACGAUGUCGCCGUUCGGUGUUUGCAAAAUGAAAUUCUACGUUGUAAUGUGUUGCGCGUUGAUUUUGCUGAGCGGCACAAUUAUUGCAUCAGCAACAAAAAAACACACCAGCGCAGAUGCCGACUCAGCAGAAGUUGUAAGCAGCGCCGAAGAAAAAACGGACUGCACGGACUUGGCGCGCGACGAGGAGGCGCUUAUGGUGUUUUCCACACUGGGCGGUGGGCUGACUGCCAUCGAUCCAGUAACAAGUGAAAUACGUUGGACCAUAGCAGACGAUCCGCCCAUUGUAGCCGAGCCGCAGCCAAAUGUACAGGUUCCGCAUUAUCUGCCCGAUCCGCGUGAUGGCAGCAUUUACCAAUUGGGCCAGAUGGGUAAUCUCAAGAAGCUGCCCUACACCAUACCCCAGUUGGUGGCGAACGCCCCCUGUCGCUCCUCCGAUGGCAUUUUGUAUUCGGGGAAGAAGAGCGAUACCUGGUACAUCGUCGAUCCUAAGACGGGACAGCGUGAGAAGGUCAUGGGCUUUGGGGAUGCGACCGUGGAUGCCACCAGCAAGGAGGGCGAAAAAAUUGGCUGGGCUACGUCCCGUGCCAUCUACUUGGGUCGCACUCAGUACACGGUCAUGAUGUACGAUAGCCUCGCCAAGGACAAGAAUGUCAAGCCCUGGAACAUUACGUUCUAUGACUAUAAUGCGCUCACAGCUCCACCCGAGCUGGCAAAAGAAUAUGCAGAAUAUAUACACCUGACUACCACAAGCAGCGGUCAGAUCGUGACGCUGGACCGCAAACAGGGCAAAUUUUUAUGGCAAAAGGAUUUGAGUAGCGCUGUAGUGGCCGCCUUUUUGCUCGGACCCGAUGGUUUGCUGAGCGUGCCAUUCACAACCCUGUCCGAUGAGGCCUACGACGCCAUAGUGGAGGAAUCGAAGACGGGCAAUGUGAACACUGUGAAGCUAUUUCAAUCGCUCUAUGUGGGCGAGCAUCAAAGGGGGGGUCUGUACGCCUUACCCUCGCUGGUGGACAAGAACACGCCGCGCAUCUCGACGGCGCCUUCCAUCAAGUUACUGGACGGGCCGGCCAUAUCGCCCAACAGCAAUGAAGCCGAUCCCCAGACGGUGUAUAUAAAUGAUGUAUUGCAGGAGAAUCCGGGCAUAAUGCUCGGCCACUACAAUGUGCCCAACGAAGGCAACUUGCAGUUGUCGCCGACACCGGCAAACACUAAAGAAGUCCACGGUCUGGCCACGAUCCACAACUAUAACGAUGGCUUUGGCUUGCUGGCGAAUAAUGAGAAAAAUUCCGCCGACAUUGGCGUGCAAACGGAGAAGAUUGUGGAAAUCACGAUUGAUCGGAGUAACACAAUUAAUCGCACCAAGACCAUCAUCUUGGCCAAUAGCAACAAAGUGCAGGCAUUCAUAAAUGAAUGGUUUAUGGAUCAUCCGAGUGGCAAAGUCCACCAACUACUGAUCGUCAUUAUACUCGGCAUGAUUGCAUUGUUCUGGUAUACGUGCAGCAAUAUGCGUGAGUUGCAAAAGCAGAGCGAGAACGGUUCGAAAACCUAUGCCGUUACCCAGAAUUCGAGCAAUGGCAGCAAUGCCAGCAAUGUGAACGCUCAGGAUCUGGUCGAUCUCGGCGAUGGACAUGUGCGUGUCGGCAAAAUAUGCUUCAAUCCCAAUGAGGUGUUGGGGAAGGGCUGCGAGGGCACAUUCGUCUUUAAGGGCACCUUUGAGGAGCGUUUUGUGGCAGUCAAACGCUUGCUGCCCGAAUGCUUCACCUUUGCCGAUCGUGAGGUUUCGCUGCUGCGUGAAUCCGAUGCCCACGAGAAUGUGGUGCGUUAUUUCUGCACCGAACAGGAUCGACAGUUUCGUUACAUCGCUGUGGAACUGUGCGCCGCCACUCUGCAGGACUACACCGAGAGCGAACGGGCUAUGGAGUUGCGCGAACACAUUGAUGUCUGGCAGAUUCUUGUUCAGGCUGCUGCUGGCGUUAGUCACUUGCAUUCCUUGGAUAUCGUUCAUCGCGACAUUAAACCACAGAAUGUUUUGCUUUCGCUGCCCGAUGCCAGAGGUAGAGUUCGUGUCAUGAUCUCCGACUUUGGUCUCUGCAAAAAAUUGAACUUUGGACGCACCAGUUUCUCACGUCGUUCCGGCGUUACCGGCACAGAUGGCUGGAUAGCGCCCGAAAUGAUGCGCGCUCAGCGCACGACGACCGCUGUGGACAUUUUCUCACUCGGCUGCGUCUACUACUAUGUGCUGAGUGGCGGACAUCACGCCUUUGGGGACACGCUGAAGCGACAGGCGAACAUACUCUCGCACGAGUACAACCUGGCGAAGCUGAAGGCUGAGGACGAUAGCGAGUGCAGUCGAACCGUGCUGGCGGAGCAACUGAUUGCGGACAUGAUACACAAGGAUCCGCAAAGCCGUCCACCGGCCCGCUGCAUUGGCAAUCAUCCGCUGUUUUGGGAUGAGCCGAAAAUACUCGCAUUCCUGCAGGAUGUUAGCGAUCGCGUGGAGAAACUGCAAUUCCAUGCCGAGCCACUCAAGUCGCUGGAGAAGAACGGCCGCAUUGUGGUGCUCGACGAUUGGAAUUUGCACUUGGAUCCCAUGAUAACCGACGAUUUGCGCAAAUAUCGCGGCUACAUGGGGGCCAGCGUGCGUGAUUUGUUGCGUGCGUUGCGCAACAAGAAGCAUCACUAUCACGAGCUGACCAGCGAGGCGCAGGAGCUGCUCGGCUGCAUUCCACACGAGUUCACCAACUACUGGGUGGACAAGUUCCCCCAAUUGAUUUCGCACACCUAUCACGCCUUCAGUAUUUGCUCCAACGAGCCCAUUUUCCGGCCCUACUAUAAUGCCGGCUAUCAUUUUUCGCGUCCCUGGUAUUUCGAUGCGGACGACGCGCUAUUUCCCAUGCUGAUGCACGAUCCCAAACCUAUGCCCAGGCAAGGGCCGAUGGGCAGUCCAAAGCCCAAAAUGCCGCGCACACCCGAGCGCCCGCAACACCAACAACAACAGCAGCUAAAGCAGCGUAAGGGCGUCUACAAUUUCCGAAAGACGGCCAACGAGGACAGCGCCAUGUUGGGCGUGGGUUUGCAGCGAAAUCUGGAUUUGGAUGCGACGAACGGCGAGGGAAAGCGCGAUGUAUUUGCGAAUUUCAAAUUUCGGCGCUACGGGAAGCCAAACAAUGGCAAUCGCAACUAUGGAGGUCAGAAGGAGGAUAAGGAGAAGGACAAAUACGUUAGUUGGACGCUGCCGCAGACAACUAACGUUAAUCCGGAGGAGGAAUAAAACGACAGCUGAGGAUCUUUAUUUUUAUUUAUAAUUCUUUAAUUUUAAUUGUGCAAUUUUAUUUUUCUGUAAGCAACUAUUCCAAAAAACAAACAGAGUAAUUUCAACUUUCGUUCGUUCUUAGCCACAAUUUUUUAAAACAAUUUAUGAGAGAUAAUUGAUAUUUUAUAUAUAGUAUAAAAACCCAGAGAGCGGAAAUGUGUAGCGUAAUUGUGUAUCUGUCGAAUGCACGUAAUUUAACUGUGAUAAUUUAUUUCGUCUAGACUUAUAAAUGGCAAGUAAUUGCAAAUUUUAUAUAAGAGAGUGUUAUACAUAUAAACACAUAUAUUUAUGCAUUAGUGAUAAGUUUUUUCUAGAAGAAUGACUAUAAGUAUACCCCCUAAUCGUUAAUUGAAUUGAUCUGUAACCUUUAUAUUACGCACUUAGCCUCUAACUGAAUGAAAUGAAAUGAUAAUUGUGCAUUAAAAAGGAACUGGCAUGACUAGAAACCAAAACUCGAACAUCAUGUUUAUCCUAUUGAAUUGUAUAUAAUAAUUAUUAUUAACUGUAUUGUCCGCAGGCAGAGCAACCUCAUUCGCAACUGCUGCUGCCUACCCAGGUUUUGUUUUAAAUAAAAACUAUAUACAUAUUUAACAAAA